AUGGUGUCGCGAACGUUGACCGAAGUGUUUGUUCUUAUGCGUAAUAAUGCUAUUCACUCUCGACAAAUAUUCGCUGAGCAGUCUAACGAGUCGGAGCAUGUAAGACUCAUGAGAUCAAGUGGUCAUGACCUGGAGGCAGGUCCCGAGCCUCGUUCAGACGCUCCUCCUCCCUGGAGUGAUUCAUUAGAAGAGGCACACUACAUUAUCACUAGGUUAAGAACUAAGCUAUCCGAGCUUCAAUCCCGGCAUCAGCAUCAGUUAUCUCGGCCAGGACUGGACUCAAGCCACGAGCAGCAUAUAGAGCGUCUAUCAACAGAUAUAGCUAGACACUUCACACAAGCACAUGCAAGACUACAAGCAAUCAGGGCUCAAGUUAGACAUGGAAACAAAACCGAACAGAAGUUAGCAACUAAUGUGGUGCUAGCCCUAGUAACAAUAUUACAAGAUCUCAGUGUAACCUUCAGGACUUCUCAGUCAAACUAUCUACGGUCCCUCACUUCAAGGGAGGAGAGAUCAAACGCUUACUUCGACUUACCAAACUUUGAAGAGCUCAGUUUACAAGACAAUGACUUGAUACCGGGGCUCACAAAUAACCAGACUGACCUAUUAUUCUCAUUACCGAGCACAUCAGCCCAGAAUCAUGAUGACAUGGAUCACAUGUUCCAGAAGCCAGCGUUGAAUCAGAAACAGCUGCUAUUAAUGCAACAAGAAAAUACCAAAGCAAUAUUAGAGAGAGAGGAAGAAGUCAAUAAAAUAGUGAAAUCAAUAGUGGAUUUGAAUGAUAUCUUCAAAGAUUUGGCCAAUGUGGUACACGAGCAAGGCACUAUAUUGGAUAGAAUAGAUUAUAAUAUAGAACAAACCCAGGUUCAAGUACACGAAGGUUACAAGCAAUUACAGAAAGCUGAAAGAUAUCAACGUAAGAAUAGGAAAAUGCAGUGUAUACUUUGUCUAUCCACAGUCCUUAUAUGUCUAGUCAUACUAUUGAUCAUCGUUAAAAGCUAG